AUGGCAGAAGAGAACGCUGCAACUAUCAAGAAUCGACAGCUUCCGGUAGCCUACUGCGAGACUCCUGAUGAGAUGCUGGAAAGAUUCUUGACAGAUGACAGCCUCAAUGAUGUCAUCCUCAAGGGAACAGAUGGUGUGGAAGUUCCAGCCAACCGCUUUUUACUGUCAGCACGAUCUGAUGUGUUUAAAGGCAUGCUGCUGGGCAAGUUUCAAGAGGCAUCAUCACCAGCCAUUGAGCUUGGCUUUCCAGGAAGUGUGCUAAAGGCAGUGGUGGAAUUUGUGCUUACAAGUUCAGCACAAAUUCUCAACUGCAAGAAGCGAAAGGUGUCUGGUGCAGAAGGCAUUGAUGUUUCCAUUCAACAGAUUGAGUCACUGGUGUCAUUGGCAGAGGCUGCCUCCUACUUCAAUCUUGCAGGCCUUGGAGAUCUGGUUCUGACAUCAUUUGAAACCAUGCUAACCAUGCAGCCAUGCUUGUCAUUUGCUGCCUUGCAAGCAUGCAGAAUGGCAGGUGACGGAGUGCUAGAGGUAUUCAUGGAAACGUCAAAAGCUUGGGUCCGUGAAACCUCAGCUAAACCAGUGUCAGUCAAGCAAGUGGCCUCUUUGAGCAAGGUUAUCAUGGAGGAAAUCCUUACAGACUCAGAGACAAAAAUGGCAGAAUACUCCUCGGAAGGUAGGGUGGGUUUCUGA